CUCUCGUCGUGGCAGUAUAAAAUUCAUUUGUUAUUGCUUGCUUUUCAAAAUACUAAUGUGCCGAGUGUGAACGGAUUGUGCAAAAUUUUAUUUUUGAUUCCAGGCCGCUUACACUUUAUUUCAUACAAUGUUUGGGAGAGUUCCGGCUAGCAAACUAUAGGAAUUUUAAUUCGCUUCGUUAUUUCACUUCAAGUCGAUAAAAAAAAUUGGCAGUCGCGUUCGUGUCUAUGGUAUGAGUGACCUGAGUGUCAGUGUGAUUCUACCAAGAGAAUGAAUAAUUCCACAAAGGUAGAAAGCAUGAAGAAAAUCACGACCACCAUAUGAUUUGAAGUAACAUCAUCGGCACGUUAAAAACAGCGAUGAUAAUUAUCAACUAAAACGAGGAGAAAAUGAAAAUUAAUUCUGUGCAACUAACCUCAAACUCACCAAUGGAGCUAUCAGCGAUCGUUGUUUGAUAGUGUGAAUCGGUGCGGAUGUGCGCGUGGUUUUUGUGUUUUCCUGGUUCUGCUGUUUUAUUUUCGUCAUUGCUGCGAUUGCUUACCUCACGCAUUUCGUCAUUUCAUCGUAGGGGCCAAAGUCGAAAGAGGCGCGAUUAAGUGCUCCAAAAGUAUACAAACUAAAUUAUAUGACGAAGACGUAUUCACAUCCCCAUCCAGUGACAGUGAGCAACAGCAGCAACAAUAACCAUGGCCUCGUUCAGCGUUUGGGACUAUGUGGUGUUCGCCGCCAUGCUGCUGGUUUCAGCCGGUAUCGGCAUAUACUACAGGUUCUCCGGCGGCAAGCAGAAAACAACAACGGAAUAUCUGCUAGCAGAUCGGAACAUGUCCAUCUGGCCGGUUUCCUUCAGUCUUAUGGCAAGCUUUAUGUCCGCCAUUACACUCCUAGGAGUGUCCAAUGAGAACUACCAGUUCGGUACUCAAUUCGUGGUGAUUAACUUCUCGUACGGUUUAGCCACACCGAUUGCGGCCUAUCUGUUCCUACCAGUAUUUUUCAAGCUACAAGCAUGCAGUGCUUAUGAGUAUUUAGAAAUGCGUUUUGGCAAGAAAACGCGGCUUAUAGCAUCCCUAGCUUACACGAUGCAAAUGGUUCUCUACAUGGGGAUUGCAGUAUAUGCUCCUGCGCUGGCGCUCGAAGCUGUCACCGGACUGAACCAAAGCUACUCGAUCCUGGUCAUCGGAAUCGUUUGUACUUUCUAUUCGACAAUUGGUGGAAUGAAGGCUGUGCUUUUUACGGACGUUUUCCAAUCGAUUCUGAUGUUUGCGGCCAUCUACGCGGUCAUUAUCUGUGCAGCUGUUCAAGCCGGAGGGUUAGGUCCCAUCUGGGAAGCUGCUCGAGAUGGAGGUCGUCUUCAGUUAUGGAACUUUAAUCCAGAUCCAACGGAACGACACACCUGGUGGACACUGGUGAUUGGUGGAAUGUUCACGUAUCUCUCGCUGUACGCCGUCAACCAGACCCAAGUUCAACGACUGCAAACCGUCAAAGAUCUCAAAUCGGCUCAGAGAGCACUCUGGCUCAAUUGGCCAAUCCUUUCUCUACUUAGUUUAAGCACAUCGUUCAGCGGUCUUGCACUCUACUAUUACUACAGCACCUGUGAUCCUUUGAGGCAAGGCCGUAUUAAGGUUCGCGAUCAAAUGAUGCCUCUAUUCGUGGUUGAUGCCAUGGGUGCCAUGCCGGGUCUACCGGGACUCUUCGUUUCAGGCAUCUUCUCAGCAAGUUUAUCUUCGGUUUCUGCGGCACUCAACUCGUUGGCCGCCGUUACACUAGAGGACUACCUAAAACCACUGUAUGCUAUAAUCAAGAAAAGGCCGCUACCCGAUAUGCAGUCCAGCUAUCCCACGAAAAUAAUGGCAUUUAUCUAUGGGAUUAUUUGUUUGGCAGUUGCCUUUCUAGCACAAUUCAUGGGAGGUGUGUUACAAGCUUCGCUAACAAUUUUCGGAGUCGUUGGUGGUCCUCUAUUCGCUCUGUUUUCGCUUGGAAUGUUCACCGAAAGAGCAAAUCAGAGGGGUGUCAUAACCGGUCUUGUGACAGGCAUCGCUUUCUCCCUCUGGAUAGGCUUCGGACAGCCACGGCCACCGCUCAAGAUGCUAGACUUUUCCGUUGAAGACUGUAGCCGGUUUGGCGGCUUCAACUCCACGAUAAGCUCACCGUUUGUAAUGGCUCAUCAAAUGGAACGACCGGACUCGGACUACUUCUACUUGUACCGCUUGUCCUAUCUCUGGUCCGUUGUUCUUGGCUAUGUAACCACCUUCAUGAUUGGAUAUGGCAUAAGUCUAAUACUACAUUGCAUCGGAAGGCAAGGAACGGAACGAAUUUAUCUAGACAAUGACAAACGCUAUAUAAACACUGAUCUUUUCUGCCCACCGGUAGCGAAACGCAUGAAACGAACCCUUGCUAAACACAUAGAAAAUGGCGGCGAUAUCGAGAUUACUAAACGUACCGUCAUCAACAAAUCAGACCAUACGCAUCUUUAAUAACCAGUUGUCCUACAGCCUACCUUCAUUGUAAAUUCAUACUGACCCGACUGAUGUACCGUGUACCUUAGUCGGGAAAAUCUGGACUGUUAAAAGUAUUGAUUGAGUGUAUGAUGAGAGAGUGCUUGACCCCAUAACCGCCUAUUAGCAUGGUUUCAUGCCGAUUUUUUCUUGUUAUUAUGAGUGCACAGAGAAAAUGAGUGCCCAAGUGAACGAACAAAUGGGGAACAAACUGAAGUCUUCCAAAGUAAUGUUUACAAUAAUAAACAGACACGAGUGCUAGUUUAAGGUUAAUAGUUCGCGAAAGUAGGACCGGUUUACUUAAUUGUUUAGAACGUUUUUUUUUUAAAUUUAUCGCUACAAUAGUUGUACUUAAGCACAAACUUUUUUUGUUCGUUGUUUUCAGGUCUGUUCAUUAAUAUGAUGCAUACAAAACUGCAAAUAAAUAUUCUUAGUACUGUAGUAAAACUACAGCAUAAAAGGUGAAAUAAAGUAUAACUAAAUAUGAUGUGAUCACCGUGUUCCAGUGUAUAUAUAUGAAUGUAACAUAUGACAAAGUUUUACACUCAUAAAAUCAUUGAUAAAAGAAGAUCUUUGGAGAUGCAAACAGUAGAAUAUACAUACAGUGACUCAAACUCGAUUUCGUACCCCACAUGCAGAUCAUAAAGCUUAAACCAUCAACUUUUGAAAUAUUUUACGAACAUAGAGCAAUUCCAUGUCAAAUCAGCUGAAAAACAGCAAAUUUUGACGCGACCCUCUCCGUUUUUUUAAACUUGAUAUUUAUGAUGGAAACUACCCAAAAUUACAAUUUUCAUUGCAGUAUUACCAAUUUAAAUUACGACUCAUUUUUGAAAGGGAGUAUUCAAAAUCAUCGAUUAUUUGUGAAACAGUUAAGCAAGCUAUUUGCUGAACAAGUGUUUUUGUGUAAUGCAUAUUACUUAACUUACUAGCACCUAUUUCGCGAAGUUCAGUGAGGGAUUGUCUGACUAAGUUUGGAUCGAAAAAUUGUUAGAAAAGGAUUUUCAAUAUAUUCUGAUCAAGAUCAAAGUCACAGAGACUCCAGUUCACGUUCGAAUGCGUCCUUGUUUAGUAGAGAUUUUCUCCGUUCCCGAUCAAUUUGCUUAUAAACAUAUUUAACUUCUCCGCAGAGCACUCAGGUGCCCGGAAAUCAUAACUCAGGGUUGCUUGAUCUUCCUGGCUGAAUGUGUCCUUAAUUUCAACAUAAUCAACCGCUUGUUUUACGGAACUAACCAACGAUUAACAAUAUAUGUACACUAAUGUCAUUAUAAACUACUUCUCCACGAGACCAACAUUUCAGGGCAAAAAGCACAGAGCCUACAUGGAAACAUAAUUCACCGAAUUCGUCUAAACAAUCGCAAUGUGCAGAUUGUACUGUUCCUUUUGAAAUUUUUGAAUACUCAUUCUGCUUCCUCUGAUGUAUGACCCACCCGGCCAUAAAAGAAAUUUCUUUUUUCCGCGUACCUGGCUCUGACGCUAAAAAUAUUUUUUAUGUAAAGACACACAUCUUCGUAUGUUAUGAAUAUAAGUUAACGCCUUUUUUAAACUAUUACUCGAAAAUAAUUUUUUAAACAAAAGUCAAUCUUCUCGAUCCAUAUUAAUCCGAUGCAGCUAUCACUUUUGUCUGUCCAACAGAUCAUUAAAGGGUCCCUCACACGAUACAUAAUAAUGACAUUACUUCAUUAGAAUGACAAUAACAAUGAUCGUGUAAGGUUGACUAAAUUAAUAUGACGGGAUUUUCUGAUCUCGCAUCAUCAUUAUUGUAAUAGGACAGAGACACUAUCAUUCGAGGUGUCUAGGAUACUGUGUGAUAUCUUGUGUUAAAAUCUAUGUUUGGAAGGCAAUUUAAUAUAUCAGGUCAGUAGGCCCAAAGGUUAUUUUAAAUUCUUAAAAUUUGAAUGAAAGUUAUUACUUGCUGUUACUUGAAUGCAUAAAACACGUAGCACUGAACCUUACUUAAUCAAUUUUCUAUAUUUUUUUCUGAAAUCCCUUCCAAAACUCAUUAUUAUGAAAUAAAAUUACCAUCAGAUAUACUUUUAGUUCAAGAUGUUACCAUUUGCAAAAAAAAAAUUAUUGCGCCAACGCAUCAACAUAUUUGAUGCGGAGAAAAUUUAUUUCAUUUAUAUUUUAUGAUUUUUCAAGUUUGUUCAUUUCACCAGGAAAUCCGUUAUCAUUUUCGCUUCACAACGAUGGGGCACGAUGCUUAAAGUGCGAUUCACAUACAACAUAUACGUCACGUUGCGUCAAUUAUUCUUCCAAGCAGUUCUUAUGCAAACAUUCACAUACACCGACAACUUCGACUUGCCGUUGCUGGUGUAUGUGAAUGCUCCAAUAGGAAUUGCAUGGAAGAAUAAUUGACGCAACGUGACGUGACGGUACGUGAACGUGACGUAGAUGUUGUAUGUGAAUCGCGCUUAAAACUUUAAUUUGCGAUGGCGACGGAACAGUGUCGACAAUUAUUGCCCGAAUACGUGGGUGAAGCAUACGGAUAAGAUAUGAUGUCGACAUCUACGAAAGUACUAAAUUGUAAUGAAUCAAGCAUAAGUUAUUAACAUUAGUACGAAAAAGUACAGCUUUAAAUUGUUAAUAGAUCAAUGAAAAGAAUUU